UUUUAACAUUUCAUUUUAGGAAACAUCGUCUAAAAAGUUUUCCAUCCGUCCAAAAUCUUAAGUUUAAUAAAAAUGGAUCUAAAUGAUGCAGUCCUAACUUGUGCCGUCAAUAUCUUAUGGACUAAUGCAGUCGGUGUGACAGGAAAAAAAAUGGUUUUUAAGAUAGCUACAUUACGUUUAAUACGAAAUGAUGUAAGGGAACUUUUCAUUGAAGUCGCCGGUGAAAAAGCUAAACCAAUAAAAUUCAAGCUGAAAGAUGUGAUGGUACAUAAGAAAUUUAUGUCGGAAGGUAAAGCGACAAUUAAUUUCAAAAUUGAGAACUGUUCAAUGUAUUUGUCAAAUGCACCACCUGGCACCUUAAUGUAUUUUCUCCGCACGAUAUUUAUAAAAUUAAAUGGUGCAGUUCAUAAAGAUGAGGCUACUACUCAAAAACAGUUAAGAGCUCAUAUGUUGUCAGGAAAGCCUAGUAAUUUUGAAGAGGUCUCUCCCAUAACAACAACAGAGAUGAUUAUGGCUAGGAAAAAGGCUGGUUUAUUAGGACGUAGCUCUGCGACAACGCCAUCACCACUGGCUACUAAAAAACGACGAUUUGAUGAUAUUAAGAUGGGUGAUGGAAAAGUGACUUCUAAUGCACCAGCAGCGAAAAGGCUUUAUCAAGAUAAAAGUACACCUUCGCUGGGAAUGGAAGACAAUGUGAAACUUUGUGAAGAACAAUUGGAAGUUUUACGUGCAUCCACUUCAGGCAAGAACGUGUUUUUCACAGGCUCUGCAGGUACAGGGAAAAGUUUCCUGUUACGAAAAAUUAUUUCAGCUUUACCACCAGACGGUACUAUGGCGACUGCGUCUACAGGUGUUGCUGCUUGUCUGAUUGGUGGCACAACCUUGCAUGCUUUUGCCGGUAUUGGCGGUGGUGACUAUGGACUAACACGUUGCAUUGAAUUAGCCUCGCGAGCUGCAAGUGCUCAGAUUUGGAGGAAAUGUAAAAGACUCAUUAUAGAUGAAAUAUCUAUGGUGGAUGGACAGUAUUUUGAGAAAAUAGAAGCAGUUGCAAGACAUGUGCGUAAAAAUGACAAGCCUUUUGGCGGAAUACAACUGAUAUUAUGCGGAGAUUUCUUACAACUACCGCCUGUGGUAAAAAAUGAAAACAAUUCGAAUCCAACGCAACGUUUUUGCUUCCAAUCAAACGCCUGGGAGAAAUGCAUACAGUGUGUCUUUGAGUUGAAAGAAGUACACAGACAAUCCGAUCCAGAAUUUGUAAAUAUAUUAAAUCACAUACGAAUCGGGCAUGUUAACGAAGAAAUUACAAAACGUCUACGAGCUACAUCUAAACAAAAGAUUGAAGGUGGUGGUAUUCUAGCAACUCAACUUUGUUCACACACAAACGACGCGCAAUCUAUAAAUGAAACAAAGCUUGAAAGUUUAGAGGGCGAAAACAUUUUAUUUCGGUCUGAGGACUCUGAUGCGAAUAUGGUGAAACAAUUGGACUCACAAUUGCAGGCAACUUCACAGCUAUAUUUAAAAAUUAAUGCUCAGGUAAUGCUAUUAAAAAAUAUUAAUAUAUCUGCUGGUCUGGUAAAUGGAGCCCGUGGUGUUGUGGUGCGCUUUGAAAAAGGACUACCAGUAGUACGAUUUAAAAAUAAUCGUGAAUACGUUUGUAGUCAUGAGAAAUGGAUUAUAAAAUCAGCAUCGGGUGGUACAAUAACACGUAGACAAGUGCCUUUGAAAUUAGCAUGGGCAUUUUCAAUCCACAAAAGCCAAGGACUGACAUUGGAUUGCGUUGAGAUGUCUCUGUCGAAGGUAUUUGAAGCUGGGCAGGCAUAUGUUGCUUUAUCACGCGCGAAAUCAUUGGACUCCUUACGAAUAUUAGAUUUCGAUCCAAAACAAGUUUGGGCCAAUGCACAGGUCCUUCAGUAUUACAAGCUAUUUCGUAGACGCCUACAUGACAGUACAAUGAUACCACUAGGUGCAAAGAACAUAAAACGUGAAAAAAAUAAUGAUCCAAAAUCGAGUGCUUUAUCCAAAUUGAAGAAGAGCCUAAUGGAUAAACCAUUAGUAUCUAUUAGCUAACAAUUACGCAGCUGCUUGUUUAGAUAUUAAGUAAAACGUUGUAUAUAAAAUUAUUUUAGCCUUCCGAUAACUCAACUGACAUUUUUGAAACUGUAUUAUGAUUAUUUAGUUUAAACUUGACUAGCGUAUUUCAUACAAUUUUACUUAGAUACAAGUUGUAGGAAAAAUAAAGUGGCCCAACACUUCAAACACUACCUUAAUACUCAAAGGACUACUGAA